AUGCAUCGUCUCGGGAUAAGAUUAAUUCGCCCUUUGGAACAGCUCUUCCAAUCCAAACAAACUUUAACUCGGUCACGUACGAUCGUUCCACUUGCUUUUAGGAAAAAAUUGGUCGUUUUCAAUUCUGUUGCUAUUGAAAACGAUAUCAGUAAUCGCCAAUUACAUGUCAAAUGGGAUGAUGGAACAAGCAGUCGUUUCCCGCAUAUUUACCUUCGUGAUCAUUGUCAAUGCCCAAACUGUUUCCAUCCGUCUCCAAAACAACGCAAUAUCGGAGAUACCAAUGUUUUCCCGGCCUACGAUGCUGAGACAAGAGCGUCAUGGGCCGAGUUACGUCGCGAUCGUCAAGAAAUCGAGAUGAUAUGGGAAAUAGAUAAUCAUGUCAGUGUAUUUGAUACAAAUUGGUUGAAAACGAGACGGUUUCCUACCAGUGACGACCAAGUGGGCAAUAAAGUGGUUGCAGAAUAUAUAGCCACAGUUGCCUUAGUACUGGUUAAGAAUGUAUCUCCAGAACUAGGACAAGUAGAACGCCUAGCCAAUAGAAUUGCCUAUUUGAGAGUGAGCAAUUACGGAUUAAACGGCCGUAGUGAAGUUAUUCGCUUCGUACAUAAUAAUCACACAAGGAGUUCCAUAUUGGAUGUACCUGAAGAUAAAGUUAACCGAGCAUUCCGUACCAUUGUGAAAAUAAUGUAUGAUCCAAGCAAUUUAGUCACUAAGAGGAUAGAGUCUGGAGACAUGGUAGUGUUUAAUAAUUGGCGAGGUCUACAUGGUAGAUCUGCUUAUAAAGCAACGAAGGCCCUAAAGAAUCUAUUCACCUUCCACUUUGUUGAACAUAUGCAUUUGUUAAUUAUUGCUUUAUGGAAAUUGUGUCGAAAAGCAGUUGUUGAUGAAUUCGAAGGAAUGUAG